CCUGCUUGAUGAGAUGUCGGCACCAACAUCCAUUCCCUGUGGUUCAAAGAGUGCGGGAGGCAACGGGAAUGGUGUCGACAGGCUCAGCAGCCUCUCAGACGAUCUGCUCCACCAUGUGAUGUCCUUCUUACCGAUGCCGGAGGUCGUGCGCACAAGUCUUCUCUCACCAAGAUGGCGCUUUCUUUGGUGCUCUACACCAUUCAUCUGCAUCGACGGCGAAGACUUUGUGGAUCAAUGCAAGCUGGAGAAGUUCGGGGACCGCUUGCUGCUCUUGCGUGACGGUACCAUUUCCUUGGAUGAAGCCCGAAUCCAUGCCUACCGUGCUGAUAGUGCCACGUGUUCCGCAUGGAUUCGUCAUGCCAUUAUGCACAAAGUUCGUCUCCUUCAUAUUUCUGGAUUUCUCCGCUUGGAUAGCACAGCAAUGUUUCCUUCUCGGCACCUCAAAAUAAUCAGGCUGCAAUCUGUCACGUUGAAACAUGGGUUAUUUAGGCCGUUGAACUACGACUGCCCUGUUCUUGAACAUUUAGAGCUGGAGUUGUGCAGUGUCUGUGGCCAUGAGGAGAUCUCAUCAAGCUCACUCAAGGUUCUGGAUAUCAGUCACUGCCUCAUUAUCUCCAGUCUCCUGAUUUGUGCUAGGAACCUUACCCAUAUCUCUAUCCUUCACCCAUAUGCUGGUGCUAUAGUAACUAGGGAUCUGUCUUCUCUGGUGACAGCUUUGAUUAAUCUAAGGUCUAAAUCUUUUCAUCAUAUGGGCACAGUAAUGGAUCAUCAUCUACUUGAUGGCCUUCCGCAUGCCACAACGUUGGAGCUGCAUGCGCCAUUACAUGAGCGCGCAUUUGAGGGAGGUUUGCUAACAUGCCCAACGUUUAGCAACCUGACAAGCUUGGUGCUGGGCGAUUGGGUCAUGACUGCUGACUUCUACCCAUUGCACCGCAUUCUCCAGCUCUCAGACAAGCUGAAGGAGCUAACUUUGAAGCUCGAAAUGGAGGAAUGCAGCACAUGCAAAGCCUUGCCGCCAACAAGGAGAGCGCCGCCGUCGGCCUCAGGCAGCUACCCUUGCAUCGAGAGGAUCAAAAUCUACUGCCGAGAAGAACAUCCGAGGGUUGAUGAGUUGGUGCAGGCGUUGCUGCCCAUUGCCGGCAAUGCGAAGAUCAGCAUCGAGUGGCCCUGAUCCAUGCUAAAGCAAGACCUCGUUCAAAUAUCUCUGCAAACACCACGAAUAAUAAUUUAUAGAGUAAAAUGCACUGGCGGUACUUGAACUUGAGAAGAAAGCACACUUUGGUCACUGUACUUCAAGAUACGACCAAUACGGUCACUCAAUACGCCUGCACGUGAUUGUACGGUCACUGUUCACCGUACGCCACUCGUCGCCGCUCCAUUUGACCACUUGUUGACCAAUCCGAGGCGACAGCUGGCGUUCUCCUGGGCUUUUUACAAGGAAACCCUUGGCUGGCUCUGUAAUUCCUCCAGCUCCUUGUCCAUUCGGCUUCGAUCAUAACGACAGGGGAGGAGGUGAAAGGGAAGGAGGGAAGGGCGAUCGUCGGCGGCACCGCACCAGAUCACCACCACCGGAGUCACCGCACAAGGGCGAGAGGCGCGGCGCAGGCGCGGCGCAUCUCAUCGCUGGAGCUGUUUCGUCGCGAUGUUGGCUGUUCGUCGCCCCGAUGGUGCUCCGCCGCCCAACUACAGUAAGCCCUCACAUCGCCCCGCCAUGGUUCUUGCGCUGUAAGCUACAGGGUCGAAAUUUAGAGAUGGGCAUUGUGGAUGGUGUGUUUGUUAGUCAGAUAUGCCCAUCUGUAUUUUGGAGAUUUGCCUAGGGUUUUCGACCAUGAUUUGGGGGUUUUGGGUUUGGAGAAGGUGGCUGUUUGUAGGUUAUUUGGUGCUGUAGGGUGCUGUAUUUUGGUGCAUGUUGAAGAUGUUGGUUGUAUGGGUGAAUUACAUACUGAAAGUUGGUAUCUUGCAUC